AUGAGGGCAUUGAGCAGUCAAGUAUGUGGAGCUAUAAUGGAAAGUUUGAGCUUGAGUUCAACAUUUUGGCAAAACAAAAUUGAACAAGGAAUGCAGAUGAUGGGUAUAAACUGUUAUGAAUCAGCUUGUCAAUUGAACAACAUCUGGACAGGAAUAGCACCACAUACGGACCAUACUAUAUUCACUCUUCUUGUACAGAGCAGUCCUGGCCUCCAGGUGAUGAACCCUAGUGAUGGUUGUUGGAACGCUGCCCCAGGACCUAAAGGUUCCUUGCAUGUCCUAGUUGGGGACCACCUUCAGGUCCUUAGCAAUGGCAAAUACAAGAGUGUUAUACACCGAGCAGUACCUGGUUCAGAGGAAAGAAGGUUAUCUGUUGCCAGUUUCCAUAGCUUUGCAAUGGAUGAGGUGGUGGAGCCUGCAAUGGAAUUGGUGGACAAGGAGCAUCCAAACUACAAGGGAAGUAGUGUAAGGGACUACCUCAACUAUCUUUCCUCUAAAGAGUCAAAACCCUUCCUUGAAACUCUUAAAAUUGUAUCUUAA